CUGUUCCGCGCCGCGCCCCAAUUUCCACUUCCGCAAAAAGCGACGGAAGUGGAGUGGCCACCGAUUUCCGUUCACGGGCUUAUAACUCUUCUUUGUCUCCCAUUACUUAUGAUCAAAGCAAAGCGUUAGACGCUUAGUUGCAGAGAUUAACCGAGGUGAUAGGAGUUGAUCGGAAACCCUACAUUUGGGGGUUUUAGAGUGCAUGGAGGAUUUGAAUGCAUCAGGGUUUUUGGAGAUUGGAAGUAUAAAUGGAUUACGAAAUAGUUCCUUACCUGAAAUGAGGAAUUCUUCUCUCAAUCCAUCAUUCCAGUGGUCCACCUCACAUAAAGUUCUGCCACCCUGCAGACAGUUCUGGAAGGCUGGAGAUUAUUCUGCUGUUGAUGCUACCCAACCAACCUCGAAGACUUAUCAAAAUCGCAUGCGUGUCCAUCCCAAAUUUCUUCAUUCAAAUGCUACUUCACACAAGUGGGCUUUUAGCGCCAUAGCCGAGCUUCUUGACAAUGCAGUUGAUGAGGCAUGCAAUGGAGCAACUUCAGUUAUUAUAGAUAAAAUAGCAAAUUUUGGGGGCAGUCACGCUCUGUUGAUUCAAGAUGAUGGAGGUGGAAUGGAUCCGGAGUCUAUACGGCACUGUAUGAGUUUUGGAUUUUCAAAUAAACAAUCAAAUUCUUCGAUUGGACAAUAUGGAAAUGGUUUUAAAACCAGCACUAUGCGGUUAGGGCCAGAUGUACUUGUUUUUAGUCGUGGCUGUAAAGAAAGGUCAUUAACUCAAAGUGUUGGGAUUCUUUCAUAUACUUUUCUAAGGCAAACAGGCUGUGAUGAUGUUCUAGUGCCAAUGGUAAAGAUUUCCAUAAGAGUGGACUACAACUUCAAUCCUUUGACUCGAGGAUUUGUAAGGAUGAUCCGCCAUAGUGAUAAACAUUUUCGUGAUAACUUGUCUGCUCUUUUAAGAUGGUCCCCAUUCUCUAAAGAAGAGGAGUUGCUAAAUCAGUUCAACCAUAUUAAAGGUUGCGGGACAAGAAUUAUUGUUUUCAAUCUUUGGCAAAACGAUAAUGGAGAUCCUGAGCUUGAUUUUGACACAAAUGAGAAGGAUAUUUUAAUAAGCGGAACACCUAAAGCGAGGCAUAAUUCUAGGUUUGCUAAAGAUUUGAAUGAAGGGCAUAUUGGAAAUCGUUUUCAUUAUUCUCUACGGGCAUAUGCUUCCAUCCUGUAUUUGCGUUUACCUGAAAAUUUUAAGAUUUUCUUGCGAGGCCAUCUUGUUGACCCCCACUAUAUAGCUGAAGAUCUCCUGUAUAAACAAUGCAUCAAAUAUAAGCCACAAGUUGCAGGCACAAUAGAGUCUGAGGAAAUUGGGACUGUCAUCGGAUUCUUAAAUGGGGCACCACACCUUGACAUACAUGGAUUCAAUAUAUACCAUCGAUGCCGUCUUAUAAUGCCCUUUUGGCGUGUGGUUCACAAAUGUAGAGGGGUUGUUGGGGUACUCCAGGUUGACUGUUUGAAACCUACUCAUGAUAAGCAGGAUUUUGAAAAAUCAGACAUUUUUCAUAAACUGGAAAACCGCCUGAAGGACAUGGCACUGGAAUAUUGGAAGUAUCAUUGUCAUUUGGUUGGUUAUGUUGCUUUUAAAGUUUCAUCUUCAAAAGAAUUACCAGAUGGUUAUCGAGUGUAUAAUCAAGAAACAUUCGAGAGUGUGCAGGAAGCUAAAAGAAGGAAGUGUGCACAGGAUGUAGAAGAAGCGGAUGUAUCACAGCCCCAAUCAAGCUUCACAAGACUGAAGAGUUUCCUUGCCAAUGGUGGGGAAAGUUCUCAAGCAGUACUGCCAGAAAAUGAAAAUAAUGGAGAAAAUAUAUAUGCAACUGAGGCGCUGAAGCUGCAGUCUGUUACUAGUGGAAAUGCCCCUGCACACAAAAACAAACCUCAAAUUCAGAUUCAACAUGGUAAGAGGGAUAGAAAUCAAGCAUUUAUAACCAUGGUACAACGAAGGGAACAACUCACUCAACAGUGCAUGGAACUUGAGAAGUCGGUGGAAGAACUUACACAUAAGGAACAAGAGCUCAGAAGUGAGCUUGAAGUUGUUCGGCUAGUCUACGACGACUUAUGUGCCGAGCUCAAAUAUACUGGGAAGAUGGAUAGAUUGUAAGAUUUUUUUUUCCAACUUUGUUCUUCAUUCAACUCGAGCUCUAGUUUAGAUAUAGCUUUUUCUGUAUAUAUUUACUAAUUCUUCUAAAUGAGUCCAGUGGGGAAUGCAUAUAUACAUUUUUUUGGGGUCUGCCACCUUCUAUUUUGGUCUAGUUUUGUCUGCAAAACAAAGAAAGAAAGCAUCCUAAGAACUAAUGAGAAGGCACUAAAGAAGCCCAAUUUGAUAGUA